UCCGGAAACCCUAAUUCCCUCUUCAACAUUCAAACCCUUCACUCACUCACUCUCUGUUCCCAAUUCCCAUACGCUUCUACUCUACUGCUUCAUCACACCCUGUUUCUCCUCGCCGAAACGAUCUGAAGGUGUUUUGAGUGUUGCGAUUCUUCAACAAAGAAAAUGAGUGGAGCAGAGAAAGGUUCCGGAACCACGAAAACCCCUGCAGAUUUCCUCAAAUCCAUUCGCGGAAGGCCUGUUGUCGUGAAGCUCAAUUCUGGUGUCGACUAUCGAGGUAUCCUAGCUUGUCUAGAUGGCUAUAUGAAUAUUGCAAUGGAACAGACAGAGGAAUAUGUUAAUGGACAGCUGAAGAACAAGUAUGGUGAUGCAUUCAUUCGAGGGAAUAAUGUUCUGUACAUCAGUACCUCAAAGAGGACUCUAGCAGAAGGGGCUUAGAAAAGUUGAUGAACACAAACAUUUAUUGGUUUGAAAGACGUUCAUGACUUUUUAAAACAUGUGAACUAUCUGUAUUUAACAGCUUGUGCCCAUUUAUCUGAAACUUGUUUACUUCGUACUUGUCAUGAUAAUUGAGUUGCUAUGGUUAUAUA